UGUUGCCUAUCAGUGCCACCAAUCAGUGCCAGUCAGUGCCGCCUAUCAGUGCCAUCAGUGUCGCCUAUCAGUGCCAGUCAGUGCCGCCUAUCAGUGCCAUAUUUAAGUGCUGCCUUUCAAUGCCCACAAGUGAUGCCUGUUAAUGCCCAUCAGUGCCACCUACCAGUUCCUCCUCAUCAGUGCUACCUAUCAGUGCCCAUCAGUGCAGCCUAUCAGUGCCCAUCACUGCAGCCUCAUUAACGCACAUCAGUGAAGGAGAAAAAUUACUUAUUUACAGCAUUUUAUAA